CCCAUAUUACAUGUGCGCAGUAAAAUAACUGUAAAACCCAAACAAUAUACACAAUUUUGAACUCACGAGGGAACAUAUCCAACUGUCAAAUCGCUUUUCUAACGAAAUGCGGUAGCUUAUAGAUAAUCGAUCAUGCUGAUUCCGAAUAUGAUAGCUGUUUUGGCUAAUAGGCCUUUCCUAAUCGGUUUAACCUCAAUUUGUUUUUCACAAAUGACUCAUUUUUCCUAUCUGACACUUUCUGGUUCAACGUACUUUUGAAAUCCAACAUGGUCCUUUGAUGACCAUAUUUCCACGUUCGAGCUUCUGAGCUGUUUUGAUCGCUUUCUGGAAAUAUAACUCUAGGCAAAGUUCAACGAAAUACAAUUUCUCAAACUGCAUGUGUUCAGGAUGUUUAAGAGUGAACUGGAUUCUACACAAACAAAGUAUCUUUUGACUAUCUGUCAACAAGAGCUAAAAGAUAUUGAAGAAGAAUAUGCUGAUGAUGGUGUGGUUAUAAUAAGCAAGAUACAUAACGGAGAAGUUUUGGCUCCAGAGUAUUUGAAAGAUCGAACUGAAUAUCGUCUGGGUGAAUUGAUAUUGCAAUUAGGUGCCAUAACAUAUGACUAUCGAACGGAAAUGUGUCCAGCAGUUGUUGACAAGGAGACGGUGCGUUUGGCUGCUACUGCAAGGAGAUACAAUUGUCGAAGUGAAAUUGAGGUGCAAACAUUCCACAAAAUAUUCACAGUACCAAAAGCAACGGUCGAUGAUAAUAUUGAACAAUCGGAUGUCUUUUGCGACUCACCAUUGGUAUUUAUGAAAGCAAGUGUAUAA